CUCACAUAAGAUUUGGGCUGUGUUAGUGUGAGAUAUUCAAAGUCAUACAUACAGUCGACACUGGAACUCAGAAAAAUGUUGGUGCUAUAUACCGUUGUAGUGUCCCUGACCAUUUUCUCCGCGUCUGCCAACCGUGUGGUGCGUAGCUGCGGCACUUGCGAACCCAGCCUAUGCGACCCUCUCCCGGUCGAGGGAUGCAAGGCUGGCACCGUUCUUGACUCUUGCGGGUGCUGUUCACUUUGCGCGGCUGGAGAAGGGGAGGCUUGCGGUGGGCGCGGGGCCUCGGUAAAACGUUGUGCGUCUGGACUGGAGUGCGUAAAAAACGACAAGAACAAGAAGACCAAACUCGGCGUUUGCGCCUGCAAAACCAACUACGAAGUGUGCGGCUCUGACGGAGUGACCUAUAAAACCGGGUGCGACUUGAAAGCUGCCAGCGCGAAAGCCGUGGAAGAAGAGAAGCCAGAAAUCAACGUCCUGAAUAAGGGAAAAUGCGCGACAGCACCUGUCAUUGUGACGGCCCCCGGCGAGGUUUACAACGUGACCGGCUCCCAGGUUUUCCUCAGCUGUGAGGCCAUCGGUAUUCCCACCCCUGUGGUAACCUGGAAGAAGAUCUCCAGCAGUAAGAAGACAGAGCUGCUUCCGGGUGACAGAGACAACCUGGCCAUCCAGACUCGAGGAGGCCCAGAGAAGCACGAGGUCACUGGCUGGGUGCUGAUCUCGCCCCUGACCAAGGAGGAGGAGGGCUCCUACGAGUGCCACGCCACCAACGCCAAGGGAGAGGCGUCCGCCGUGGGUGCCAUUCAUGUGGUGGAGUCCAUCGAUGACAUUCCUGUCAAGAAAGUGACCAAGGACGAUGAGCUGUGAGCGAGCUGAUGUCCCCAUGGCAACUCCUGACCGGAUCAGGAGGCAGGAGAGGACCUCAACCACCCCCCCAACCACAAACAGGACCAGACCCCAACACUGAACCAGGAAGCCCACCAGGCCUGGUGCUUUCUAUCACAAAACAUUUUUAUUUGAUCACUCCAUGACAUAUAAAAAGAGAAAAAUGAACUAUAUUUAUAGCUUUUGUACUGAUGUUUGGUUGCACCCGUCAAACAUUUGACUUACAUUUACCGUCACACACAUCGUUUAUGUAAAAAGGUUGAUGUUAAAUCAUUAUUGCUUUAUAUUAUAUUCAGAAUAUAUGAUGGAAUACACAAUGUUCUGUCAAACUCACCAAACAAGUAUUUUACAAGUCUGCCUCACCCUUGAGCCCCAAAAGAUUACGAUAUAUUUGUGAAUUAUUCCUUUAAAUGUUUUUUUUUUUUUAGCUUAGCGGCAGUCUGGGUGCUCAACAUAAAAUUAGCAGUUUGUUGGUUAAAGCAGGAACAGACAGAUACCAAAUUAAAACAACUUGUCAACAACACAGCCUGAAUGUAAACAGUACAGCCGCCAUUCCGUUAUUUUCAAUGUACAAAACUCAGACUUCCUGUUAAGCACACAAACCAUUCUUCCUCGUUAACAGGGCUUGGCAAGCCAUGCAGACGUGCUUUUACACGAGCUAUUGUACUGAGGGAUGGAGACAUACACACAGGCAAAACAAACACUCUCGCACUUUGACAUAAUCCCAUCGCUUGCAUGCCAAGGGCUUAACAACCAAACCAAACAGAGUUGGAUGUCAGUGGUACUGUAAGGCCUUAGUUGAAUAAGCAACACAUUUGAGAUGGUUUGGAAGAGGAGGUGUCUGUGUGAGUAGACACACUAUGGGUGCUGUUAGUGGAGUCCUGCAGCUCCAGAGUAGCCUCACUGGAUCUGCAGGCUUCGCUCUUCAAGUUUUAUUUUUUUCAUUCAGACAUUGUAUGUUAAUGUUGUAUUCGCUUUGAAAGAAAGGCUUUACUAAUACCAUGAUGUGACUCGUGUCGUAUAUUACUAAUAAACAGAUUUGACUUUAA